AUGGUUGGAGUACCCGGCAAGUACAAGGGGUGCAACACUUGUCGACUCCGGAGGGCAAAGUGUGACAACGAACGACCAUUCUGUCGCAAAUGCAUCGACUCGGGCCGGGAGUGUAAAGGUUACGAUAGGGAGACCGUCUUCAUCAUCGGCACCCUCGAAGAUGGUGGUCGCUGCUCAUCACACCCGCCUCGAGUUUUGAAGGGUUCCAAGAGGGCCAAAGCCGCGGCAAAGAACGAGGAGGAUGAGAAACUGGAUCUAGUUCCCGUAGAACCUCUUCAACCAGCCUGGGAUGACUUGGUCUCCUUAUCCAAUCUCGGAACUGUAUACCAGGUUCAGAUUGCUGCCCUACACACCAGCCUUCAGAUGAUCAUCCGUGACAAGGCUGAGGGCGAGAACAACAACAAGUUCACGAGGCUGUCGUUCCCUCCUUACUCACCUGCCGACACUCGACCUUCAUUACAAGAAGACGAAUUCGCACUACGAUCGCAGUGUAUGAUCCAUCUCUCUCCAACUGACGCAAGCGGGAGUUCAGAAUCAACGGCCACGGACAGCAUCUUCUUAUUCCUUUACGAGAUUUGCGCCGCUUUACUCAACAGAAAGGCCAGCUUCCUCGCUGGACAGGAGUGGAUGACGGCCCCGUGGGAAAACCAUCCCAAGUCCGUCUUCGACAAGCUCUUCGACAACGUCGUUCUUCUCCCCUCCAUACUCGCCAGAGCCGAUCGCAUCCUUCCUCAUGAUCCCACGCUUGCCAGGCGCCUGAUGGCGCAGGACCUGCUGGGCAACUGCAUCAACGUGGACCGGCAGCUCGAGGAGUGGCACAACUCGGUCAUCCUCGCAGCGGGCGACCAGUCGCGGCUCUUCUGGAUCGAGGACCCGGACGGGUCGGGCGCCCAGAUCCCCUUUGCGGACACGUUCGCGUUCAGGGACUCCAUCACGGCCGUCAUGUUCAUCUACUACUGGACGUCGCUCAUCGUCUUCUACCCCUGCGCCGAGCAGCUGCAGCAGGCCAUCUUCCAGCCCGUGCUCGACGCCUUCCCCCAGAUCUACCCGAACCUGCCGCCCAACCUGCACAUCGACCCGCAGCGGUACAGCCACAAGGAGGUCCGGGAGAUGGCGGCCAACGUCUGCCGCGGCCUGGACUUUGCCCUGAGCACCACCGUGCAGCCGGACAUGCUGGUCGUCCCGGUCUACGUGGUGGAGCAGUUCUACGGCGCCAUCAACAUAUCUACGGGGGACGGCGCGCUGGAGCUCAUGUGGCUGGAGGCCUUCAAGAUGAGACUGACGGCCAAGGGGCAGGACAUUGCAGACGUCAUCCAGAGCAGGAACUGGUUCGAGCUGGCACAGUAUUAG